GUAGUAUUAUUAUUGUGUCGCUUAAGGCCGCAAUAUCCCUUUCAUCCAACGAGAAAAUCAACACCAACUUUGAUGGGCAUGGUUGGAUUAGCGAUCGCUCUACCACCUCCAAGUGUUCACGAAAUAAGACUGGAAGCAGAUAUGUUUGUGACGAGAAUAAAUUUUGAUUUCCGGAUAGCUCAUUGUGAACCUAAGUAA